AUGCUCUACACACAAGUCGCCCUCCUCGCUGCCGCAACCCUCGUCGCCGCCGAGGCAGCUCCCCAGCCCGAAAUCACCCAACCCGCCGUCCUCCCCCGCGACAUCAUCCCCGACGACAUCAAAUCCUGGGCCGAGAGCAAAGCCUCCGCCGCCGGCCAAGACGUCGACGACUGGGUCAAGAGCCACUACUCCGAAGCCGAGCAAUGGGCCUCCGACAAGGGCGGCGACGCCAAGACCUGGGCUGAAGGCCAGGCCUCUGAUGCUCGCGACAAGGGCUCCGAGAUUGCCUCCCGCGCCAGCACCGCUUUCGAUGGAAUCAGCUCCAAGGUUCGCACUGCUAUCGAUGAGGCGAGUGCUAGUGCCUCUGCGGCUGCGAACAACGACAAUGCUGCUGCUACUGUUGGCGGUGGACAGGCUGGUGUUGUUGCGUUUAUGGCGGCUGUUGGUGCUGCUGUCUUUGCCUUCAUGGCUUAA